AUGCUUGCCUGCAUCAUGCUGGCUUGCACUACUGUUAUCAACGGUAUAGGCUUCCAGGAGGGCCACGUCCGGACGGCUGCUUACACUGGGUGCAUCUUGACGGUGGUACUGGUGGUCCUUUUUGGGGUAGUUCUGACACCAGUAAUCGCCAAGUUCACGGUCUUCUCUAUAGUUCAAGCCUCGUUGGCCGUGUCUAUAGAAGGUGGGGCAUUCUACUUCUUCACCGAUACUCCCGAGCAGUUCCCUGGCGGUCCCAACUUUACCCCAAUCUACUACACUACUGUCCUUGGAGUUGUCUCGAAUGCUUUCUCGAUUUUCGGUGUCCUCAUCUACUGGCAGUAUAUGCGUGAAUGGACCUUCAGGAACCUCCUCAUUCUGGCCAACGCCCUCCAUGUCACUGUGGCCUUGUUGCAGACUUUCGUAUUCCUUCGAUGGAACCUCGCCAUAGGGAUAUCGGACAAGGUGUUCGUCCUGGGAGGUACCUCAAUGCUUGAGGUCACCCGACAGUGGAUGUGGAUGCCUACCCUCAUCCUCACUUCGAAACUCUGCCCCCAAGGCAUGGAGUCUACAAUGUUCGCCCUCUUAGCAGGCUGUGCUAGUGCUGGCCAUACUAUGGCUAAGUACAUCGGGGCGUUCGUCUUGCACGAGCUUAAUGUUCGCCCAGUAGGAGCGGUCAACGAAGAGCAUCAGUUCAGCAAGUGA